AUGGCCACUUGGGCAUAUCCACCUCUGCCCCCCGGGCGUUUGGAACAAGAAGUGGAAUCCACGUUGGCCAAGGAACUAGAGUGGCUUUUGUGCUCCCUCCAGGACUCUCUCGUCUCGUUGAGGGAAGGUUUACAUGAAUGCGCUGCUUUGCUGGCUCCCAAAGAGCCGGGCUCAACCUUAGUGUUGUCGUCCCUCCGGUCUGAAAAUGUGAAAGGCUACGUAACCCGGGUUGGGACGAAAAUCGUCAAGGGCGACAUCCAACUUCGGCUAAAUUCUCUAGCCUCAACACGGGGUUCAUCCAACACUCGCUUAUGCUUAUCCAACGCCCCUGAGGCUCCAGAGCUUGUGCUGGAUCAGCUGGUCUCUGUGAGGGAUCUCGUCAAUCAAAGCUUGGACAUUGUAGAUGUUAGCACCUGGACCGGCGAUCCGCUCAAUGCUAGCUUCAUAUUCAGCCAACUGCAUCUUCUGCGCGAGACUAUCACUGAAGCACGGCAGAUGCUCAAGGGUGAGAAUGACAAGGUCAAACAGAAAUGGUGGGAGGCGAGUGCAGGAGAGAAUAUGUUCGACCCUCCGCUGCCGCCCUGCCUUUCCUUUCAUCUCACUAUUGCUGAUUCCGCGCUUGUACUACACUUGCGGACUCUAGAGUCUAGCACACCCACCCACACACCUACGGCGUUCGCCAGCGACAUCUCUCUCACCGGGUUCAACAUCAGAGACCGGCUCUUUGGUACCCGCCAUCGGCCUCAUGAUGAAGCAGGCGAUGUGUUUACCUGGAAGGGAGACGAGGUGAAGGUCAAGGAGAAAGUCCGCAGCCUCCGGGGUGCACACUGGGCCUUCGGUUCGAGAUACUCUUCUUCGUCUGCGACGUCUGCCGUGCCCGAUGCUGUGCAUGCGGAGCGGAAGGAUGUCAUCUAUGCCUUGAUUGACGAGAUCAAUGAGAAUGAAGCCGCGAUGGCCGAUAUUAUGGAAGAUCUGGACUUGCUAGAUGACUUCGAGCAGGCGCUCAAUCUCGAUGCUUUGGAUUACGAUCACGCCUUCAGUCAAACCAUCGGUCACCGGGACCAGGAGACUUUGGAAGCUCGGGUGCGGAUGGCGAAACAGGAGUUUCGGCAAUUCCUGCCUCCGGAUUACUUGAAUGAACGGGAAAUUCAACUAUACACCAGGCUUUACGGCGAGCCAGUGUACCGUGACAUGGCCACCAUCCAGCCCGACGCCGACCUCGCUGCCGCUGAAGAGGCGGAGGAAGGCGUCGAUCAGCUAUACCGUGAAGAUGGCCAAGGAGGCUGGGAGAAGGUUGAACUGGUCGAAGCGGAAGAAUAUGAUGAGGAGUUGGAGGAGGAAGGCCUCCCAGUGGUAUUCGAUAUGGAGGCGGAACCGGAGCUGGAGGAGACUAUCGCCAUGCAACGCACGCGUGAGGUAGCCGAGCAGCUCGGCGGAGAAAUCAUGGUUGAGCAGUUCGAGAGCCAGGCUUUUCCUGAAGAGGAUGAUAGUUCUAGGUUUCACCCGGCGACUGAAUUGGGCAAGUCCGGCACCAUGCCCAGCACCGUUUUCCUGCCACAAGAUACGCUGGUAAAGCCUAUCUCGAUGAUCCUGUCGGACUUCUCGAAUCAGCAUCUCCGACAGGUCGCUCGUCGUGUCUUCCAGGGCCGUCAUCUUCCUUUAUCCGUCUCGACUCCCCCAAGAGCAGCUCAAGCUCCCCAAUUACCUAGCCCCUUAAAAGCUACGCAACGGCAUAUGACCGAGAUGGAAUCUAACGUCUACCUCGCGGCUAUGUACCCUGGUCUGUAUGCGUCUGUGCUCAGUGUCCUCGUCGAGGUCCGCAAGCGACUGGGAACCGAGUGGCUGCGGAAUCUGUUGUCCAAGGAAGAAGGACCGAGUGUCCUUGACGCCAGUGCUGGAGGUGCUGGUAUUAUCGCGUGGAGGGAUAUUAUGCGCGCGGAAUGGGAGGCCAUGGACCCCGGGCGUCCUGUUUCCGAAGUCCCGCUGGGCAAGUCGACAGUAGUGGUGGCAUCGAGCAGUCUUCGCGCUCGCGCUUCUGCGUUGCUGCAGAACACCACCUUCCUCCCGCGACUGCCGGACUAUGUCCACUCUCGUGAAGCGCCAACGCUGGACGAUGACCGCGCCCCUAAACGGAAGCACUUUGACAUCGAGGAGUACAUGCGAAAGGAGCAUGUGCAGAACUUGUGGCAGAUGGGCCACCAGAGAGGAUUUGAAGCCAUCGCUGGAGCCCGUGACAUGCUGCUCAAGCGCAUCAUUCGCAACACUGAUCUGGCUACUUCGUCGGAGCAAGAGACGACUACGGAGGAGACGACUGCGGAGGAGGACGUGGAGGACGAAGCUGAAAUCGAGAAAGAAACUGGUAUGAUCAUUGCGCCGUGCACCAACCAUGCCCAAUGCCCCAUGUACCGCAUCCCCGGCCACGCAGUCGGGCGCGGUGACUGGUGCCACUUCAGGCAACGAUACAUUCGCCCGGCGUUCCUGCAGAAUAUUCUUGAGGCCAAGACCCGGAACCACGAGGACUUGAAUUACAGCUACCUUGCCGUCCAGCGCGGGAACCGCGUCGCCAAGCACAAAGCCAUGAAGGGCUACGAACACUUGUGGCCCGACGAUGAGACGAGGGCGUCCAUGACAGACAUCGAACAGAAGCAGACUGCAGAGCAAGAAGCCAAGUUCGAGUCGCUGACGCUGCCGCGGAUUAUCUAUUCACCUAUGAAGCGCCGCGGCCACGUCACCUUCGAUGUUUGCACCCCCGAUGCGCAGAUUGAGCGCUGGACCGUCCCUCGCUCCUUCAGCCGUCAGGCAUACCGGGAUGUGCGCAAGUCCCGCUGGGGAGACCUGUGGGCGCUGGGGUCGAAGACGCAGCUGGAACGGAAGCUGGAAGCGCGAGCCGCCGCCAGAGAGGCGGCCAAAGAGGCUCAGGAAGAGGAGGAUGAAAACGCGGCUGCUCAGAGCAGGCAACCGGAACUCGUCAUACCCAAGCGGAAGAAGGGAGAGAAAAUCCCUGGCUGGAAGAAGCAUCAGGAUAAGAAAAAGGUCCGGCAGCAUUACAACCAGACGAGGCAUGCGCAGUCAGAUGCGUCUGACUUCGUUGUCUGA